CGCGGUCGUGUCCGCCCGCCCCACGGCGCACACUCGCAGUCAGUGGGCGAGCCGGGAGCGGCAGAGGUCAACGCGGGGAGGCGGGGCCGGGGCAGCAUGGCAGCCUCCUUAUGGCUCCGAGGAGCCUCCUCCGGUCUCCGGUACUGGAGCCGCCGGCCGCGGCUGGCAGCGGCCAGCCUUGCAGUGGUGUGUUCUAGGUCAAUGGCUUCUAAGACUCCAGUUGGAUUUAUUGGACUAGGCAACAUGGGGAAUCCAAUGGCCAAAAAUCUCAUGAAACAUGGCUAUCCACUCAUUAUUUAUGAUGUGUUUCCGGAUGCAUGCAAGGAGUUUCAAGAUGCAGGUGAACAGGUAGUAUCUUCUCCAGCUGAUGUAGCAGACAAAGCUGACAGAAUUAUUACAAUGUUGCCCACCAGUAUGAAUGCAAUAGAAGUUUAUUCUGGAGAAAAUGGAAUUCUGAAAAAAGUGAAGAAAGGCUCACUAUUAAUAGAUUCCAGUACUAUUGAUCCUGCAGUUUCUAAAGAAUUGUCCAAAGAAGUUGAAAAAAUGGGAGCAGUUUUUAUGGAUGCCCCUGUUUCUGGUGGUGUGGGAGCUGCUCGGUCUGGGAACCUCACGUUUAUGGUGGGAGGAGUGGAAGAAGAAUUUGCUGCUGCCAAAGAAUUGCUUGCGUGCAUGGGCUCCAAUGUGGUGUAUUGUGGAGCUGUUGGGACUGGGCAGGCAGCAAAGAUCUGCAACAACAUGUUGUUAGCGAUUAGCAUGAUUGGAACAGCUGAAGCUAUGAACCUUGGAAUCAGGUUAGGGCUUGACCCAAAACUGCUGGCUAAAAUCUUAAAUAUGAGCUCAGGACGGUGUUGGUCAAGUGACACUUACAAUCCUGUACCUGGAGUGAUGGAUGGAGUUCCCUCGGCUAAUAACUAUCAGGGUGGAUUCGGAACAACACUCAUGGCGAAGGACCUGGGAUUAGCACAAGACUCUGCUACCAGCACGAAGAGCCCAAUCUUGCUGGGCAGUCAAGCCCAUCAGAUCUACAGGAUGAUGUGUGCAAAAGGCUAUUCAAAGAAAGACUUCUCAUCAGUGUUCCAGUACCUGCGAGAGGAGGAGACCUUUUGAGUUUGCCCCUGGGCUAUGAACAGUUGGAAACCACACACUACCUUGGAGCCUCCUUACAGCUCACUCCACAAGUAAAUGGGUUUAAUCAAA